CCCACUUCCCUUCUUCCUUGCUACCGCUCCCUCCAAAAUCGCUUCAUCUCUGUGGAAAUUUUUUGCAAGACCCCUUUCUAGGGUUUGUGACACUCAAUUCCUCUCGGGAGCCUCGUCUGGUAUUGGCGUGAACACAGACCUCUGUGGACAGAACCUUUCUAGAACCCGUCCUUACAAACUAUAUCAUACGAAAAUGAGCGAAGCCGUUCAUCCCACUAUUCAAGACGGCUGGUUCCGCGAGGUCUCCGAGAUGUGGCCUGGCCAGGCCAUGACUCUCAGGGUUAAGAAAGUCUUGCACCACGAGAAGUCCAAGUACCAAGAUGUCUUGAUCUUUGAGAGUACCGACUACGGCAAUGUUCUUGUCUUGGACAAUGUUAUCCAAUGCACCGAGCGCGACGAGUUUGCCUACCAGGAGAUGAUCACCCAUCUUGCAAUGAACUCCCAUCCCAACCCCAAGAAGGUUCUUGUUAUUGGGGGUGGUGAUGGUGGCGUCCUUCGUGAGGUCGUCAAGCAUGAGUGUGCUGUUAUCCGCCUCUCAAAACAAUACCUCCCUCACAUGUCCAAGGGGUUUGAUCAUCCCAAGUCUAAGGUUCAUGUUGGAGACGGAUUCAAGUUCCUCGAGGACUACAAGAACGAAUUCGACGUUAUUAUUACCGACUCAUCGGACCCGGAAGGUCCAGCAGAGUCUCUCUUCCAGAAGCCCUACUUCGAACUUUUAUUUGGAGCUUUGAAGGAGGGUGGUGUGAUCACCACGCAAGCCGAGAACCAGUGGCUUCACCUGCAGCUUAUUACCGACCUUAAGAAGUCGUGCCGCGAAGUCUUCCCGGUUGUGGAAUACGCCUACACAACAAUUCCCACCUACCCAUCCGGCCAAAUUGGUUUCAUGGUUUGCUCCAAGGAUGCGAAUAGGGACGUCUCCAAGCCUCUCAGGACCGUAUCCGACGAGGAGGAGCAGAAGAUGUACAGAUACUACAACAAGAGGAUCCACGAGGCAAGCUUCGUGCUGCCCACUUUCGCGGCGGCAGCUUUGAAAUAG